ACUACCUUUGCAUGCAAAAAAUGAGCUACAAUCUCUUCCUCUUGGCUUUCGUCCUGGGCAUUGGUGGAGCUUUCCAGUAUGGGUUGCAGGUUUCCAUUAUCAAUUCUCCUGCUGAGUACAUCAAAAGUUUCAUCCGUGAGACCUGGCUGAAGAGAUAUGGCUCUUCUCCCAGUGAAGACAUGAUUACUUUGAUGUGGUCCUUCAUUGUGUCCAUUUACAGCAUCGGUGGGCUUCUGGGGUCCUUGUCUGCUGGGUAUUUGUCUGUUAGAUUUGGAAGGAAGAAGGCCAUGCUGCUUGCCAAUAUCCCUGCUCUGCUGAGCGCAGCUCUGAUGGGACUCAGCCGGCUGUGUGGAUCCUUUGAGAUGAUCAUUGCUGGAAGAGUGUUCUCUGGAGUGUGUGGAGGUUUAGCUCUGAAUAUCAAUCUCAUGUAUGCUGGGGAAUGUGCCCCACGGAAGCUCCGCGGGCUCAUUGCCGUAACAGCUUCUACUGCCGUUGCUGUUGGGAAGUUCGUAGGAUUUGCUCUGGGUCUCAGAGAAGUUCUUGGAGUAGAUGCUCUCUGGCCUGUUCUCAUGGCAGCCAAUGCGCUCCCUGCCCUCCUUCAGCUUCUCACCCUCCCCUUCUUCCCAGACUCUCCCCGCUACCUUCUCAUUGACAGAAAGGACAAGGAGGGGUGCAUCAAGGCUGUGAAACAGCUCUGGGGAGAUGGUGACCAUAUGGCUGAAAUAGAUGACAUGAUGGCAGAGCAGGAAGCCAUCCAUGGGGAGAAGUCCAAGAGCGUUUGUGAUCUCUUCCGUGACAAAGCUGUUCGUUGGCAGCUCAUCACUCUCUUCCUUGUCUCCUCAUGCACACAGUUAAUUGGUGCCAAUGUGGUUUACUUUUAUGCAUACAAUGUCUUUAUAAAGGCUGGAAUUCCCCCUGCUCAAACCCACUACGUCUCCCUAGGACUUGGGAUCACCGAGAUCCUCUCCACAGUUCUGUGUGGUUUUCUAAUUGAGCGUGCAGGGAGGAAGACACUGCUGUGGAAAAGCUACACUGUUAUGGCCUUGGCUUUGGGGCUCCUCACAGUCACGCUUUCACUACAGGAUUCCUUUUCCUGGGUACCAUACUGCUCUGUUGCACUCAUCUUUAUUUUCAUCAUGAGCUUUGGUGCUGGGCCAGCUGCAGUAUUAUGCCCCUUGCCCACAGAAAUAUUUAUUCAGUCAUACAGACCAGCUGCUUAUGUUUUUAAUGGAAUUACAAACUGGAUCCAACUCUUCCUCCUUGGACUUCUGUUCCCCUUCAUUGUGGAAGGUCUUGGUAGUUUCUGUUUCAUCAUUUUCCUGACAUACUGCCUGUCCAUGGCUAUCUUUGUCUUCUUGGUGGUGCCAGAGACCAAAGGAAAGACCAUGCUGCAGGUCAUGGAGGAGUUCAACCGCCUCAACUAUCGUGGAAAGAAGGGGCAGACAGCCCUACAGCAGAGUUACUCAGUAAUGACUGUUACUAGACUUUAA